AGUAAACGAUGCUAGAAACUGUCAGCAACCAGAGUUGACGCAGUCGGGUGAGGCGUUAAGGUACUGAUAAGACUUAUAACAGAUAAGGAAAACGGGGCUGGUGGGGCGCUAGUGCUGAGACCGAUGCACGCUAACAGAAUGCCCCAUAGGGAUGAGUUUCAGUGGGCAGGCAAGCAAGCAAGGCCUCUCGCGUCCGAGGACCCUGGGGAAAUUUUUCGAAAACCGCCAACGUCGAUAUCUUAUCAUCGUUUCCUUGUCGCCAUCAUUUGGACAAUUUCAGAACCGCAAGACUUGAAGCCAUCGCGCUCACCUCAGGCUCUUCUCCCAUCGAGCCGCCAUUAAUUUGACUACCCAAACAAUCACCUCUACCUUAUCCUCAAUAUUACUGCCCGUCAUAUCACAAUGAGUUGCUCUUGCAACACCGCCGCGCUGCGGAUCUUUGUGCGAAACGUCGCCAACAUCCAAGUACCCUCAUCUCAACAAGUCACCCCAAGAGCGCUUCCUGGCUUCCACCGGCAAAUUACUACAUCUCUACCUUUCCAUACACGAUCUCUACACACAACGCGCGCUGCCCGUAGCGAUUCCACAGAGCAUGUCUCCGAGGAGGCAUCAACGGCCACAGAGAAACCGAAAGCCCCGAAACUGCUCUUCCGAAAAACCAAUGCCCCUGCCAACCCGAACUGGAUGGGAGAGCAGCCUCCAAGACGUCAAGACCACAAGCCUCGAGAGUUGAAAAAAGCCAGGCGAGACCAUGGAGCGCACACAUCGCAAGAAGAAGGAGACCACACAGAGCCUACAAAGAAGAAGAACAGGUGGAGAGACCUACCAGAAGAGGAGCGUCGAGAACUCUAUGCCAAAAUGGGCAAAGAGAUGCCCGACGAGGCCGAGAGGCAAGCGCGGAAGCAAGAGCAACAGCAGCAAAAGCUGAGGGCGUCACUCGAGGAGCCCAAAAAGCACAACCCGGCCCACCCCAGGCGAGAGAGCUGGCAACACCAGAAGAACGCUUUGAAAGAAAAGUUCCCUGAGGGUUGGAAGCCGCUCAAGAAGCUGUCGCCCGACGCGCUGGAGGGCAUUCGGGCGCUGCAUAAGCAGUUCCCCGAGGAGUACACGACCGAAGUGCUGUCCAACAAGUUCCAGGUGUCGCCCGAGGCGAUCCGCAGGAUCCUCAAGAGCAAGUGGCGGCCGGACCCGGAAGAGGAGAUUGAGCGCCAGGAGAGGUGGUUCAAGCGUGGAAAGCAGAUUUGGCAGAGGUAUGCCGAGUUGGGCGUGAAGCCGCCCAAGAAGUGGCGGGAGCAAGGCAUUAGACCGAAUAAAUACUGGAAGGAAGGGGAGGAGAAGACGUUCAAGGAUCGCCAGAUUGCGAAUGUCAAGCUGCAUCGGAGCUUGUUGUGAAAAGGGAGUCCGUUUCUCACUCUACUAUUUACCUACUCUUGGGUAUGAAACGAGAGAACUUGGCUUUGGCGGCGUGGCAGCAAGCAAUCAGAUCACCGCUCAAUACCCAAGUUACGACCGACUGUAAUAAUAGGAAAAAAAAAAAAAAAAAA